AUGGAAGCCUUGACCUUUGAGGAUGUGGCUGUGAACUUCAACCAGGAGGAAUGGGCUUUGCUGGAUCCUUCCCAGAAGAACCUUUACAGAGAUGUGAUGCUGGAAGUCCUCAAAAACCUGGCUUCUAUAGGUAAUAAUGAUGUUUUUAAAAUUAAUCAAAUGAAGAACUCAUUCUCCAUUUGUUCCAGUGACAUUCAAAGUCAUGAAGAUACUCAUACUGGGUGGCAACCCUAUGAAUAUCAACAAUGUGCUGAAGCCUCAUCUUCUCCCACAGGUGUUCAAAGACACACGAGAACACACAGUGGAGGUAAACCUUUUCAAUGUGAGGUAUGUGGGAAAGCCUUUCAUUUCUCCUCUUUAUUUAGAAGACAUGAAAGAACUCAUUCUGGAGAGAAACUCUGUGAAUGUAAAGAAGGUGGUCGGACCUGUACUUCACUCACAAGUCUUCAAAGGCACAAGAGAACACAUGCUGGGGAGAAGCCCUAUGAAUGUAAGCAGUGUGGAAAAGCUUUCGCUAAGCCCUCUGCCCUUGUGUCACAUGAACGAACUCAUACUGGAGAGAAACCUUAUGAAUGUCAACAAUGUGAAAAGGCCUUUUCUACAUCCUCUUAUGUUCAGAUACAUAAACGAAUUCAUACUGGAGAAAAACCCUAUGAAUGUAAACAGUGUGGAAAAGCCUUUAUUACAUCCUCUCAGCUCCAUGUACACAAAAGAACACAUACUGGAGAGAAGCCGUAUGAAUGUCAACAAUGUGGAAAGGCCUUUGCUAGGUCCUGUCACCUUCAGAUCCAUGAAAGAACACACACUGGAGAGAAAUUCUAUGAAUGUCAACAAUGUGGAAAAGCCUUUGCUACAUCCACUGAGCUUCACAUACAUGGGAGAACACAUACUGGAGAGAAGCCCUAUGCAUGUAAGCAGUGUGGCAAAGCCUUUGCUAGAUCCAGUAACCUUCAGAUUCAUGGAAGAACACAUACUGGAGAGAAGCCCUAUGAAUGUCAACAAUGUGGAAAAGCCUUUGCUACAUUCUCUUCCGUUCAGGUACAUGAACGGUUUCAUACUGGAGAGAAGCCGUAUGAAUGCAAGCAGUGUAGAAAAGCUUUUGCUACAUCUAGUGAGCUUCACAUACAUAGAAGAACACAUACUGGAGAGAAGCCCUAUGAGUGUAAGCAGUGUGGCAAAGCCUUUGCUAGAUCCAGUCACCUUCACAGACAUGGAAGAACACAUACUGGAGAGAAGCCCUAUGAAUGUCAACAAUGUGGCAAAGGCUUUGCUAGAUCCAGUCACCUUCAAAGACAUGGAAGAACACAUACUGGAGAGAAGCCCUAUGAAUGUCAACAAUGUGAUAAAGCCUUUGCUAGAUCCACUUACCUUUGGAGACAUGAACAAGCUCACAUUGCAGAGAAAUCACACUCUUGAAUACAACUGGCUUAGUCUUCUGUUGUUACUAUUCACUCAUAAACAUGUAGGAAGCUUACUGGAGAAAUAUCCUUUGAGUGUGAAAUGUGGUAAAUCACUAUUCCUUCUCACCUUCAAAUAGAAGAAAAGGCUCAUAUAUAUACACAUGUAUUGUA